AUUGCCUUCAUCUCCUAGUUCACCUGGCUGCUCUGAUGCGGCAUGAUGCUCUUUUCUUUCUGGGAGUACGUGAUUGUGAACUCUGUCUCUUGGUCUAUUAUCAGUGAGGUAGAGGCGGAGCUGGACAGCUCCUCCAAUGAGGAGGCUCUGCCUUCGCUCCUUGAAGACAUUACUAGCAUCUGGAAACAAACCUACCCGGCCUCUAUUUACAAAGAGCAAAAUAAUCCCAAGACUGGGAGAUCCAAGCAGAUCUCUUCUCCUCCUAGGAUGUUUUCUUAUAGAAAAGAAAGUGUCAAAGGUAGAGACUUUCUUUCUUCUUUCCAGCAGAUCAUCGGGACUGCCCAAUCCCUGGCUCACAGUAAUAACUGGGGUUUUUUGGCUACUGUAUCUAUUCAGGAAAAGGGUGUACCCUCUAGGAAUUGCUUACCCAUAAGUGGCGGUCCCUUUAACAAUAGCACUGGAAUUCCUUUCUUCUAUGCGACUUCAAAGGACAAGAUUGCUGCUGAUGUGAUGAAAAAUCCAAUUGCCUCCUUGACCUUUCUGGAAGCAGCAGGAGAUUUCUGCAGUUACUAUUACAUCUAUAAGAUAUUCUUUCCAAGCAGAAAAAGUAUCAUAGAUUUGCAAGAUCUUUGAUGUGCCACAUUAACUCUUACAGGCCAGAUGGUUUUUGACUUGGAAUCUGCUAAGUAAGCUGUGUUCUCAAGGCAUCCAAUGAUGAGAAAGUGGCCUCAUCACUAUGAGUGGUUUUUCAUGAAAAUGAAUGUCAAAAAUGUGUGACUUCAGAACUGGCAUGGAGGAAUCUCCAACAUUGCAACAGAAGAAUAUUUCAAAGUAGUGCCAAGUAAAAGCUUGAGAAAACCUUGAGAUGGACUUCUCUGGCUCACAUCUUUACUUUUAAAAAGGCAGUUAUUUAAAAUUAUGCCAGUCAGGCAACAAUUGGACAGGCUGUCUUCAGAAAAGUUCCCAAGAAAUGAUGACCAUGAACCACUGGGUUUAAAAAGAAGUAAAGAUGGCCAUUUCCAAAUUGUGUAUUCUCACUGGUGUAGAUGGCUUUUGUUUAAAAUUACUUUAGGUGACUUAGGUCCUUUAGGCUACUUGAGGUUUGUUCAUUUGGAACACCUUGAUAUGUAUCUUAGUAUGUAUUGAAACAGCUGGUUUCCAUUCUGUAGAAAAGCCAAUUACAUAUGUGAGAUCAAUGUGACUGCAUUAUAUUGUGACAGUGCUUUUGUUUCUUGCCUUGCCUUACUAAAGACGUUGUCUAAAUGUCCUAAGUUUGAUACAACUAUAAAGAGUUUAAAUUAAUGUCAUAUAGCCACGUGUGUUUUCUAAUGGUGUGGAGAAAAACCUUUGAAAAACAGUUAAGCAUUUAGUCAUGAAUUGUAAAUUAUGCUCCUGGAUUACAUCACUUGGUUAUGAUUUACAGAUCAAUUAUAUACUUUCCCCCCAACCCUAUAACAUGACCAACAUCUUGAGAACUUGCAGCUUUAUGCUUAGCCUUAAGCUAAUUAUGACAAUACAAUAAACAGGAUGGCUUAUUAUAAUGAAUAAUUUGGGCAAAGAAUACUCCAUACUUAUUUCAUUUGUCUCUGCUAAAUCUCAAGUUUAAAAUCCAGAAGCAGUUUAGAAUAAGGGGGACAAAAAUAGGAAUGUAAGGAAGCUAGGUUCAUAUUAUCCCUAGUAACAGAGAAAAAGAAGAAAGCUCAGAACUGGAAGGGAUUCAGAAAACCUAAGCCUGACUCUUACCUGUGUAAAAAUCUCUUUUAUAAUGUGUUCUAACAAAUAGUCAUGUGGUCUCCUUUUGAAGAGCUUAGAUGCUGGAGAUUUCACUACCUCCUGAGGCUGUUUAUUCCACUGUGCAUCAGUUUCAAUUGUUAAGUUUUUCCUUUAUAUAGGACAAAUUCUCCCUCUAUGAAACUUUCACUCAUUGUUCCUAGUUCUAUUCAUAACAGCCAAGCAAUACAUUUCUAAUUCUAAUUUUUCUAUCACAUGAAGAUUUGAAGAUAGCUAUCGUGUUCUUUAAAAAAAAAAAUCCUCUUUUUGUGGUUUAAAUAGCUUUAGUUUUUACAUAAAAUGAGAAUAGGUGGGAAGGGGAGAAAGUUUUAUAUAAGUAAAAAAGAAUUAAACCAGGAAAGAGUAAAAUGACUGUUGAAGAAAAUUAUUGAUUAAAGCCAUAUUUGUUUUCCUUCAAAAAUGUUGCUUCUGAGACAUGAUUCUUAUUAAGCAUAUCUUAUUUUAGCAUAUCUGUGGGACCACACACCCAAUUUUCUUAUCUUUGGAAGAUGGUUGUUAAUUCUGACUUGUUAAAUCCAUUUGUGUAUGUUAAUAACACAAUGUAUGUUAAAUGUUAUUUUUUAAAAUAUUUAUUUUUGAGUGAGAUGGGUGCUAGACCUCCUUCCCCAAAUUAAUUAAUCAGAAAUAUCUUCAGGUACAAAGAGAAAGCAUUUAUUUAGUCCCUGCAGGGAGAGGUCCAGCACACACAGGAGGCAUCCCAGCUCCCACCAUGUGUUCUACCUGAUCAGCCUGAAGUAGAACACCCAGUUAAAUAGGAAAAGACCCAAACCUUUUCAUUGGAUAGUGUUUGCUUCCAUUGGGUCAUGUCACUUCCUGUAACUUCACUAACUUCAUGUGACUUCCUGCAAUACAGGGUUCAAGGCCUGGGAAUAGGGAUCAUGUGACUUGGUCUCAAAAUGAGAAAACUUCAUCCAAUCAGUAUCAUUCACCUCACUUCACUCUGCCAUUGUGGAAAAAAAAAAAGAAAGAAAAGAAAAAUCCCAUUUCAAACAUGCAUAGUCAAACAAUUCUUCCCCUCCCCCCCCCCUUUUUUUUUUUUUUUGUAUUUUACAUUUCUAGUACACACUGAUGAAUUUUGUGGUACAAAAGAUGCAUCUAUUUCCAACAGUAAAGAAUUGAAAUGUAUAGAGUCGCCUAUUAAUUGGGGACUUUAUGGUAUGUGGUAUCAUGAACUGAUAGCGAAGUAGGUAUAAUCAAGAGAAGUUUUUACAAUAACAUCCUGUGAAAAUGAUUAACUUUGAAAGUAUUAGAAAUUCUGAUUAACACAAUGACUCACCCCAAUUCCAGAGAACUCGCAAUGAAACAGGCUAUCCACUUCCUGAUAAUGGACUCAACAUUCAAAAUUAACAUAUAUUUACAUUUCUAUGUCUCUAUAUAUGAUAUUAUGUGGCCAAAGAAGAACUAUGGGAGCAGGGACUGACUUUUGUCAUCGGGGUGAAUGCCUGAGAUUUGAAAAGAAUUUUUUGUUCUUUGACUUUAGCUUCCUCUGUUAUCCUUCUCCUUCUAGAAUGUAAACUCCUUGGGAGCGGGGACUAGCUGGAGAUUCAUGAUGUGUAACUCGAUUAAUGGGGACUCAGGAGGGAAUUGUUCUUAGGGACAGGAAAUAAAAUGCUGCCUUUAGAGUUCCAAAGGUGUGUCUAUUCACUUAGGAACUCAUUCUUGCAAGAAUGUAAA